AAGAAACAGAUGAUGCAUCUAGCACUACUUCUUUGCGUUUUCUUAAUCUUGAUUGCUUUUUCCAAACAAUUUCCAAGAGCUUGCAGCUCUGCUGAUAGUUUGAUAAGAAAGGAAUGCUGUCCAGUCUGGGCUGGGGAUGGAUCCCCUUGUGGGGAGCUCAGUGGAAGAGGUUUUUGUCAAGAUGUAAUUCUUACUGAUGCCAUCGAUGGCCCUCAUUUCCCCUUUGCUGGAGUAGAUGACAGAGAAGAGUGGCCAACGGUAUUCUAUAACAGGACCUGCAAAUGCGCUGCAAACUUUAUGGGUCCCAACUGUGGAGAAUGCUUCUUUGGCUUUACAGGGUCCACCUGCAGUGACAGAAGAUUACUAGUUAGAAAGAACAUACUACAGCUUACUACAGCCGAAAAGGACAAAUUCCUUGCUUACCUCAGUCUUGCAAAGCACACUCCUAGCAGAGACUAUGUUAUUGCGGUGGGCACUUACGCAGACAUGAACAAUGGCACCACACCAAUGUUCCGGGACAUAAACGUUUAUGAUCUCUUUGUUUGGAUGCAUUACUACUCUUCCCGGGACGCAUUUGUAAACGAAUCAAGUAUCUGGAGAAAUAUAGACUUUGCCCAUGAAGCGCCAGGCUUCCUUCCAUGGCACAGAGCUUACCUGCUUCUCUGGGAACAUGAGAUCCAGAAAGUGACUGGAGAUGAAAACUUCACCAUUCCUUACUGGGACUGGAGAGAUGCUGAGGGCUGCGACGUUUGCACUGAUGAGUUUAUGGGGGGACGGAAUCCCAGUAACCGGAGCCUUAUCAGCCCAGCCUCAUUUUUUGCUUCUUGGCAGGUAAUUUGCAGUAGGCCAGAGGACUAUAACACUCGAAGGACAUUGUGUGAUGGUACACCAGAAGGCCCUAUUAUACGUAACCCAGGAGACCAUGACAGAAGUCGCACACCCAGACUACCUACCUCUACUGAAGUGGAAUUUUGUGUGAGCCUUCCUGAAUAUGAAACUGAUUCCAUGGACAGAUUUGCCAAUCAGAGCUUCAGGAACACACUGGAAGGAUUUGCAGAUCCAAGCAAUGGAAUUGCAGUUGUUGGGAGAAGUUUGAUGCAUAAUGCUCUUCAUGUCUACAUGAAUGGUUCAAUGUCAAGUGUACAAGGCUCUGCUAAUGAUCCUAUAUUUAUUGUUCACCAUGCCUUUGUUGACAGCAUUUUUGAACAAUGGCUCAGGCGACAACAGCCCACUGUUGAAAUUUAUCCAGCAGAAAAUGCACCAAUCGGGCAUAAUCGAGAGUAUUACAUGGUUCCAUUUAUACCCCUGUUCAAAAACAGAGAAUUUUUCCUCGGAUCAAAGGAACUGGGCUAUGACUAUGAAUAUUUAGUGGAGCCAGCACCUGAGUCUGUCGAAGCAGUCCUGACUCGCUACCUAGAACAAGCUCGACAAAUAUGGCAAUGGCUGGUUGGGGCAGCAGUAGUCGGUGCAAUAAUAGCAGCACUAAUUACCCUGGGUGCCACCUUGAGCUGUCGCAGAAAACGAAGGAGAUGGUCAGAAGAAAAUCAGCCUUUACUUGACUCCACUAAAGAAUACCAGAACAAAGCUUAUCAAACUACUCUGUAACAGUAGAAAAACAAUAAUUACAUCUUUUUUGAAUGGAGCUUACUAACACAAAAUAAAAAUGGGAGUACGCUGACAUUUUAA